UCCGGGAUUGAAGCAUACCUUGAAAUGUCGGCCCUGUAAAUUCCCCGCCGUCGAAAAGAAAGAAAUACACUCCACUCAUCUCCGUUGCCACUUCCGGCGUGUCUCGGUUCUCUCUUAUCCGGACGGAGCUUUUCAGGGAUGGAUAUAGUUGAGUCCAUUCAAAGUCUUGUUGUGCAAAACCCGCCAGGGGAAGACUUCUCAUCUGCUGAUUUGAAUUGGACCAAGUUUGGAAGUGCAGAGCACCAAGAUGAGGUUGCCCUUAUUCCUUAUGACCGUGUUGAUGCUUUCAUUAUCGGAGAAUGUUCUAAUGUGGAAUGCCCAACAAGAUUCCACAUUGAGAGGGGGAGGAAACGAGUUGAAGGGAGUUUAAAAGAAUAUAGGCCUGAUGAAUACUUGGAGUACAGGAUGUAUUGGUGUUCAUUUGGCCCUGAAAACUAUGGAGAAGGAGGAGGUAUAUUACCAAGCCGAAGGUAUCGACUCAACACUCGAAACCGUGCUGCUAGACCCCAAUCUAUGAGGGGAUGUACAUGCCAUUUUGUGGUGAAGCGUUUGUAUGCCUGCCCGUCCCUUGCACUCCUAAUAUUUAACAAUAGGCGUCAUGUCAACAAGUCUGGCUUUGUGUGCCAUGGACCACUUGAUAGAGAUGCUAUUGGACCUGGUGCUAAAAAGAUCCCAUAUAUUUGCAAUGAGAUUCAACAGCAAACUAUGUCUAUGAUCUAUCUUGGCAUUCCUGAGGAAAAUGUUUUAGAGAAGCACAUUGAAGGCAUUCAACGUUAUUGUAAUUCUGAUGCAAAAGUUAAUAGCCUUGCCUCACAGUAUGUCCAAAAGCUUGGCAUGAUUAUUAAACGUUCCACUCAUGAAUUGGAUCUUGAUGAUCAAGCUAGCAUUCGGAUGUGGGUUGAACGAAACAAAAAAUCUGUUUUCAUUUAUCAGGAUCCAUCAGAAAAGGACCCAUUCAUCUUAGGAAUUCAAACUGAGUGGCAGUUGCAACAAAUGAUUCGCUUUGGUCAUCGUAGUAUUAUAGCAGCUGAUUCUACAUUUGGAAUAAAGAAACUCAAGUAUCCCUUGUGCACAGUUCUUGUUUUUGACUCAAGGCAACAUGCACUUCCUGUUGCAUGGAUCAUCACCCAAAGUAUUGCGAAGUUAGAUGUAAGCAAAUGGAUGAAAGCUUUGUUUAGUCGUGUACACACAACUGAUCCAGCAUGGAAAGCCAAUGGGUUUUUGAUUGAUGAUGCCGCAAUAGAGACUGAUCCAAUAAGGGAGGCAUUUUCUUGUCCUUUAAUAUUUUCCCUUUGGCGUAUUCGUAGAUCUUGGUUGAGAAAUAUUUGUAAGAAAUGUGGUACUAUUGAAGUGCAAAGGGAGAUAUUUAAGCGCCUAGGUGAUAUAGUUUACAGCAUUUGGGGUGGAGGUGAUCCGGUUGUUGCUUUAGAGGAACUCACUCGAGACUUUGUUGAUCAAACUGCCUUUAUGCAAUAUUUUACAUCUACUUGGGUGCCUAAAAUAGAAAUGUGGCUAACUACAAUGAAGACAUUUCCACUUGCAAGCCAGGAAUCAUCUGGUGCAAUAGAAGCAUAUCAUGUAAAACUGAAAGCAAAACUGUACGAUGAUUCACAUCUGGGUGCGUUACAGAGAGUUGAUUGGUUGGUCCACAAGUUGACAACUGAGCUGCAUUCAAGCUACUGGCUUGACCGAUAUGCCGAUGAGAGUGAUUCAUUCCAAAAUGUCAAGGAAGAAUAUAUUGCUUCUACGUCAUGGUAUCGAGCACUGCAAAUUCCUGAUGCAGCUGUAUCCUUCGAAAGUAGACAACAAUCACAACACCACUUUGCUAAGGUUUUAAGUCAAAAAGACAACAACGUUACACGCCUUGUUUGGAAUCCUGGAUCUGAAUUUGCUCAUUGUGAUUGUGAAUGGUCAAUGCAAGGAAACCUUUGCAAGCACGCCAUCAAGGUCAAUAUGAUAUGCGGAAGUAUUCAGGGCUUUCGACCUUCCAUGUCAUUUCAGUCAUUCCAAGAGAUUUUAAUGAAUCUAUUGAAAAAGCCAAUGGAUGACUCAGUAGCACUUGAUCUCUCAACAGCGUGGACACAGCAGAUGCUUGAUCAGAUUCAAAAGCUUGUUGAGUUGAAUAGUUCCAAUAACAUAGGCAACAUAGUUAACAAUAUGCCUUUGAGAUGGAUUUCUAGGAAACACAGAACAUCCCGUGGCAAACCAACAUCAGCACUUACUCUGCCCCCUAGUUCUCAGAAUGGUGCAAUAAAUUCUACUGCACGUAGCAAGAAUAGAAAGCGGAAAAGAUUGUCAAAGAUAGGCUGAAUGCUUAUUUUGUCCUUAGACAAUGUUGCCGGAGUGUUAUGCUUCAUCAGCCAUGCAGCUAGAUUCUGGGGGAGUUUAAUUGCUUUAGAUGCUCUGGCUCCAUGCAAGGUCAUUCCUUUAAUUUCAUAUUUAGUGCAAUCAACUAACAUUAAACCAUAACGAAGCAACGAUUUCACUUUGCAUGCUCCACGUCUGCUGAAUCUCUUAGGUAUUGGGCUUUUUAAAAAAAAUUACUGUGGGACUAUGUAUGAGAUUGGAUGUGCACUUGUCUGGUGUUUAGGCAUGCAUGUCUGGCAGAUGUACUGACAGUUUAUGGCUGACCUUUUUCAACAGAUGGUUUUAUAAGCUCCUUAUACAUCAGGAUCCUCUAAUUUGUUGAAAGGUCUGUAGCAAGAUCUAUGGUAAAGCAUACUGCUCCAAAUCUGUGCUGUCAAAGUGGCCAACAAUUGUUGUCUAGGCAGUCUAGCCCAUGUUCCUCCAGACUUACUCUGAUGAAAGCAGAGACGGAGCUUACCAAGAAAAAGGCUCUUCAUCUCAAUGGUCAGACAAGUCUGGCAACCAAGUGAUGGAUUUACAUCUGUACUAUUCGCUUCGAAGUGAAUGUGUCUAAGGUUGACGGAUGUUUCUUUCACUGGAGUGAGGUCCCUAUUUAAUGGAAGCUGUGAUGGCAAGAAGUGUGCAUUAAUGAACCAAACUUGAUUUGAGGGCAUCACCUCAAACAGAGUUUGAGAUUCUGAAAUCGGCACAUUUCACCGGGAGUUUAUGUACACACCACUGCUGAAACAAAGCUGUGAUUGCUGCCUGUUCAAACAGAAGGAAUCUCAAGCGAGAGAGCUCUCUGAAUUGUACGGAGUAGAAACAAUUGUCAUUGUAGUGAAUGCUUGAGAAAAUUGAUUAUGAAGGAAAGAUUGUUUUAGGCGAAACCUUUAGUGUGGCCAUCCCAACGUUGUAAAGACUAGAAAAUGGUUUGGAUUGCUCUAAAGUCCAAUUUGAGUAGGUGAUGGGAGGGAGGGAGUUGUGUACUUAAGGGGGUGUAUUCAAUCACGACUUUUAUGAACUUUUAAAUACUUUUAAACUGAUGGAUUUUAAUUGA